GAGGAAAGAGACGAGUCUGACAAAAAGACAAAAGCGAGACGAAAGCGAAGCACCUCGUGCGGCGAGCUUGAGUUUGUAAAAAAUGGCGGAAUCUGCAACAGCGUCGACAGGCGAUGCGAGUUCGCCGCUGCUAAGAGAGACGGAGACUGUGGAAGGCGUCGUCGACUACAAAGGCCGUCCGGUGAACAGAUCCGACACCGGCGGAUGGAGAUCUGCCGCCUUUAUCAUCGGAGUGGAGAUCUCGGAGAGGUUUGCGUAUUUUGGGAUAAGUUCAAACCUGAUAACCUACUUGACGGGGCCAUUACGGGAAUCAACGGUGACGGCGGCGGAGAAUGUGAACGCUUGGUUGGGGGCUGCGUCGAUGCUACCUCUCUUGGGAGCUUUCGUCGCCGACGCUUUUCUCGGUCGAUACCGUACCAUCCUCUUCGCUUCUCUCCUCUAUAUUCUUGGGCUAGGCUUGUUGACUCUGUCGGCGACGCUUCCUUCUCUCAAUCCAACCAACUGUCAAGAAAAUAAUGGCAACAGUUCUUGCCCUCCUGAACUACAAAUCAUCAUUUUCUUCUUCUCUCUGUAUCUGGUGGCAUUUGCACAAGGAGGGCACAAGCCAUGCGUACAAGCUUUUGGAGCUGAUCAGUUUGAUGCAAGAGAUCCAAAGGAAUGCAAAUCCCGAAGUUCUUUCUUCAACUGGUGGUAUUGUGCCUUUAAUGCUGGUAGUAUGGUUUCACUCACAGUCUUGAACUACAUACAAGAUAACAUGAACUGGGGUCUCGGCUUCGGAAUUCCAUGUGUUUCCAUGGUGUUAGCUCUUGUUGUCUUCCUUCUUGGGACCAGGACUUACCGCUAUAGUUUCAAGGAUGACAAGGGUAGCCCAAUAAUGAGAAUCUCCCUUGUGUUUUUGGUAGCUGCAAAGAAUUGGCGAACCACCCCUUCAGCCUCCAUUGUUGAAGAGGAAGCAGGAGAAACUCGUAUUUCUCAUGGUGCUCACCAAUACAGGUUUCUUGACAAAGCACUGAUUACUGCCUCAGAGAGUCCCGAUGGUCUGAAGAAAGACCUGAAGGCCUGUAGCAUCAGUGAAGUGGAAGAAGCAAAGGCUGUAUUGAGAUUGUUUCCUAUAUGGGCUACAUGUUUAGUAUAUGCCAUUGUCUUUGCACAGUCAUCGACAUUUUUCAUAAAGCAGGGUGCAACAAUGGACAGAUCAAUAGGUUCGGGCUUCCAGAUACCGGCUGCAUCACUGCAAAGCUUCAUCAGCCUAUCCAUUAUUCUUUUUGUUCCUAUAUUUGACCGUGUUAUCAUUCCAAUUUCCAGAGCUUUUACCAGGAAACCAUCUGGAAUAACAAUGCUCCAAAGAAUUGGAACAGGAAUGAUUCUUUCCAUGAUCUCCAUGGUGGUAGCAGCACUAGUUGAGAAGGAAAGGCUUAAGAUUGCCAUGGACUCUGGGCUUGUAGAUAAUCCAGAAGCAACGGUUCCAAUGAGUGUGUGGUGGCUAGUUCCUCAAUUUGUCCUGUUUGGAGUUGCUGAUGUCUUUACCAUGGUCGGACUGCAAGAAUUUUUCUAUGAUCAGGUGCCAAAUGGGCUGCAAAGUAUAGGUCUCUCACUCUAUCUUAGCAUCUUUGGCGUAGGGAGCUUCCUUAGCAGCUUUCUUAUCGCUGUUAUUGAGAAGGUGACUAGUGGGAGUGGCGGAUAUAGCUGGUUUUCAAACAAUCUCAAUCGGGCACAUCUUGACUACUUCUAUUGGCUUCUUGCUGGGCUCAGUGCAGUAGGAGUGAUUGUCUACUGGUAUUUUUCCAGAGAUUAUGUCUAUAAGAGGGAAAGAACAGUGUAAGAGGCCUUUUUCCUUUCGUAUUUGAGAUCCUUACAAUCACGUGUGGAUGCUUGGUACAAACCUUCAUCUUCCUGCUGUAAUAUUUUGUGUUGCUCAUCCAAAUAUCGGUGAUGGAAGCACUCCUUAAUAUAUUCAAGUUACAAGUAUUUUACUA